CAAAUAUUAAGAAACGAUAUUUAAUCAUUUUAUUAUUUCACGCGAACCGAUACGGAAGUAGAUCCACGGCUAGCACGUUAACUAUUUCAUCUUUCUUCGUUGUGAAAUAAUUUUAUUGAAAUUAACAGUGUUAGUCUAAAUAUGCCGAGAGGUGGCGGAUCAGGUGGCAGGGGAGGAAAGAAAAGUCAUAAAGGCCAGAGAAGACAUUUCACUGAUGAAGAUGAGCUGAGAGAGCAAGCACAAAAGGCAGAGAAAGAGAAAGCUUGGAGGCGUCAGCAAGGAAUUGAAAGUGAUGAGGAAGAAGAAGAAGAAGCCAAGGAUGGGGCAACAGGUGAGGCAGGUGCUAAAAAUAGAGAUAUGCCUCCGUCAGAGUCAUCAGAGUCGGAAAGUGAAAGUGAAGAUGAGGAGGGAAAGCCGAAAGGAGUUUCACAUUUAAUUGACAUUGAAAAUCCCAAUAGGGCUGCUGGUAAAAGUUCCAAAAAAGUUACAGAAUUAGGAGAAACAGGGGGCAGCAAUCUUUCCAGGAGAGAAAGAGAAGAACUUGAGAAAAUUGAAGCAAGAAGGCGUUAUCAAGCCCUCCAUUUAGCUGGUAAAACAGAAGAAGCCCAAUCAGAUUUAGCUAGGUUAGCUAUUAUUAGGAAACAGAGAGAAGAAGCAGCUAAAAAGAAAGAAGAGGAGAAAAAGUCCAAAGAAGCAGCAAAAGAAGUAGCAAAUAAGACAAAAGGAAAAUCUUGACCAUGAUGAAAUGGAAGUGUUAACAAAUAGUCUGCUCUUUUCAAUAAAGCUACAUAUGCAUGAUUUUUUAUGGCCAAAUUGGUAGUGUUUGUGAAUGUACACCUGUUACAUCGGCUUAAAACUUUUACUCACAGAUAUAAAAUGCUGUUUUGGUGUCAGUUAAUACCACUAAGUUGUAUUAAUUUUUUUUUUCAAGGUUACACAUUGCCUCAAUAUAUUUUUUUUUGUUUUAACCUAUGUUACACUUUACAAAUUGAUAGCUUUGAAAAAUAUGGUUAGGUGGCAGUGUUUGGUUAUGCUAUGCAUAUCCUGACUAAAUGUACUUGUAAUUUUUUUUUUAGUCAAAAUUUUGAAUGUUUCUCAAUUGUAAAAAGAAUAGUGUUGAUUUUGCUUUGAUUAUACAAAGGUAAUGAAAACUAAUUAUUUUAGUUUCAUAAUUUUUUCAUGUCUUCAGCAUAUUUUUUUUCUCUAUCUUGGGUAUGCAUUCCUUCUUUGGGUACUCAAAUGUAUGGGUAGUGGUAUUCUCACUCCAGAAAAAAAACAUUUUGGUAAUGCAAUUAGAGCAAUUCUUAAGAAUAAUGUAGAAGUAUAAGGCCUCCAAAAUUAGUUGUUUGUAGACUGGUGAAGAUAAAAAGUUUACUUACAGGGAAAGAAACAAGCAUUAUGAAAAAUGCUCUAGUGAAAAUAAGUAGAUAUUUAUGUUUUUGUUUUGAUUUUAUUUAAAUUAUCAUUUUAAGUUCUACAUUCUGAUUCAGGUGAUCCCUACAAAGGCAUUAUUUAACAGAUAAUUGAAAAUGUCAUAUUGAUUUCUCAAAAUACUUGUUCUUAAGAAUUACUAUUCAUUUAACUUAAAGUUUAAAGAAAUGCAAAAUAAAACUGAAGAUUGAAAACAAAA